AGGACACUGGGCAUUUGGGUUUCAAGAACCAAACUUAAACCUUCGUCUUGUUGAAGAAGAAGAAAGAAAGAAAGAACCAUGGUGAUGAUCGGCGGCGACUCAUGGACUCAGAUAGGGUCAAGCAUUGCUGGGCUUAUGUUUGUUUUAGCCACAUUGAAGCAAUUCUUCCCUUAUGAUCUCCAACUCGCCUUUCAAGAAUUUGUCCUUGCCACUCUUCAGCGUUUUCCCUUUGUCCAGAAAUUAGGAGAGUGGUUGAUUAUCUUCUUCUCUCCUUAUGUUCACAUCUCAUUUCCGGAAUAUUACGGUUACCAAAGCAAUGAAGCCUACACCGCCAUUGAAGCCUAUCUUGGAGCAUUGCACACAGACAAGGCCGCGCAGCUCAGGGGAACCCUUUUCAAAGAAAGCAAAAUUCUGAUCCUCUCAAGAGAGGAUAGCAGAAUCUGGGAUGAAUUCAAAGGGGUCAAGCUCUGGUGGUCUUCUGGUCACUCCACCACCCCCGACGGUGACAGUCGGUAUUACCAGCUCACCGUCCACAGAUGCCACCGGCCUCUGAUAACUGGUUCGUACCUGGAUUAUGUGAUUGAAGAGGGAAAGACGAUUCUAACCAAAAACAAGCAGAGGAAGCUUUUCAGUAACAACCCUAGUUCCUACUGGCACAAUUACCGGGGGAAUUUAUGGAGCAAAGUCACCUUUGAGAAUCCGGCAACUUUUCAGACGCUGGCUAUGGAUCCCAAGAAGAAAGAGGAAAUCGUUGAUGAUCUCUUGAAAUUCAGUAGGGGGAAAGAGUACUACACCAAAAUAGGGAAGGCCUGGAAACGCGGGUAUCUCCUGUACGGUCCACCGGGAACCGGCAAGUCCACCAUGAUUUCCGCCAUGGCUAAUCUCUUGAACUACGACAUCUAUGACCUUGAAUUGACAACAAUCAAAACCAAUACGGAGCUCAGGAAGCUGUUGGUUGGAACGUCCAAUAAAUCCAUCAUUGUGAUUGAGGACAUUGAUUGUUCUCUUGAUCUCACAGGGCACAGGAACAGGAAGAAAGGAAAAAGUGACAACUUUAAAGAUGAUGUAGACCAAAAGGAGAAUGAAUUGGAGAAUGAAAUGAGCAGUAAAGUUACACUUUCUGGACUUCUGAACUCAAUUGAUGGGAUUUGGUCAGCUUGUGGACAAGAGAGGAUCAUUGUCUUCACCACCAAUCAUGUAGACAAACUUGAUCCUGCCCUGAUUCGUCGAGGCCGAAUGGACAUGCACAUUGAAUUGUCAUACUGCAAAUUUGAAGCAUUCAAGAUACUAGCAAAGAAUUUCUUGGAUGUUGAUUCACACCAUCUGUUUGAAAGGAUAGACAUUUUAUUGAAGGAAGUCAACAUGACUCCAGCUGAUGUUGCAGAGCAUUUGCUUACCAAAAAUGAGAAUAAGGAUGUAGAAUCUUGCUUGAAAAACCUGAUUCAAGCUCUUGAAUAUGCCAAGAAAAAAGCAAAGUCGAAGACUGUACCUAAAUCGCCAAAACAUCAUAGUAUCUACUCAUAUCUCUGCAAGCGAUAAACAUAUAGACCGCGUCGUGUUAAUGGGUAGCUUGUUGUAUUAGUCUGUUACUUGACUGUGUUGCAUUGUUGCGUGUUGAUUGUGCUGUUUCUUCUAUCUCUAUUUGUGAACAAUAAUUAUGAAGUACUCAA